UGAAUGAAAACAAUUUAGCUGAAAGAUGCAGUUUCCUCUUGGCAGAUUCAGACAAGGAGUGUAGUGGAAGCUUACACCUGCACGUGACAGGACUGAGGAAGUAGGGAUGGUCUGGCCUCAGCUGAGAGAAUGAAGCUAGAUUAGUAAGGCUUGAAGGCCCGGCAUGUCAGUGGUGACCUCUCUGACCUGAGCAAGUGAGCCAAGCUGGGCUGGGCGUGUCAACGACGGUAUUUGUCAAUGUGACGCCCUAGAAAUAAUCCCUUUAUCUUUCCGAACUUUUGUUGCUGAGUGUAGGCAACAAUAAUGAAUGGAAAGUAAGCGGGAUUGUACUUUAAAUCUGAGAACAUUCUCUAUCUUCCAGAACAAGUCAUCUGCAGGCGCAGGAUGAUAAUGAAGAUAAUUCAAAUGAUGGGACCCAGCCAUCCAAAAGGAGGCGAAUGGGCUCAGGAGAUAGUUCUAGGAGUUGUGAAACUUCAAGUCAAGAUCUCGGCUUUAGUUACUAUCCAGCAGAAAAUUUGAUAGAGUACAAAUGGCCACCUGAUGAAACAGGAGAAUACUAUAUGCUUCAAGAACAAGUCAGUGAAUAUUUGGGUGUGACCUCCUUUAAAAGGAAAUAUCCAGAUUUAGAGCGACGAGAUUUGUCUCACAAGGAGAAACUCUACCUGAGAGAGCUAAAUGUCAUUACUGAAACUCAGUGCACUCUAGGUUUAACAGCAUUGCGCAGUGAUGAGGUGAUUGAUUUAAUGAUAAAAGAAUAUCCAGCCAAGCAUGCUGAAUAUUCUGUUAUUCUACAAGAAAAAGAACGUCAACGAAUUACAGACCAUUAUAAAGAGUAUUCUCAAAUGCAACAACAGAAUACUCAGAAAGUUGAAGCUAGUAAAGUGCCUGAAUAUAUUAAGAAAGCUGCCAAAAAAGCAGCUGAAUUUAACAGCAACUUAAACCGGGAACGCAUGGAAGAAAGAAGAGCUUAUUUUGACUUGCAGACACAUGUUAUCCAGGUGCCUCAGGGGAAGUACAAAGUUUUGCCAACAGAGCGAACAAAGGUCAGUUCUUACCCAGUGGCUCUCAUCCCCGGACAGUUCCAGGAAUAUUAUAAGAGGUACUCACCAGAUGAGUUGCGGUAUCUGCCAUUAAACACAGCCCUGUAUGAGCCCCCUCUGGAUCCUGAGCUCCCUGCUCUAGACAGUGACGGUGAUUCAGAUGACGGUGAAGAUGGUCAAGGUGAUGAGAAGCAGAAAAAUAAAGGCACUUCGGACAGCUCCUCUGGCAAUGUAUCUGAAGGGGAAAGCCCUCCUGACAGCCAGGAGGACUCUUUCCAGGGAAGACAGAAAUCAAAAGACAAAGCUGCCACUCCAAGAAAAGAUGGUCCCAAACGUUCUGUACUGUCCAAGUCAGUUCCUGGGUACAAGCCAAAGGUCAUUCCAAAUGCUAUAUGUGGAAUUUGUCUGAAGGGUAAGGAGUCCAACAAGAAAGGAAAGGCUGAAUCACUUAUACACUGCUCCCAAUGUGAGAAUAGUGGCCAUCCUUCUUGCCUGGAUAUGACAAUGGAGCUUGUUUCUAUGAUUAAGACGUACCCAUGGCAGUGUAUGGAAUGUAAAACAUGCAUUAUAUGCGGACAACCCCACCAUGAAGAAGAAAUGAUGUUCUGUGAUGUGUGUGACAGAGGUUAUCAUACUUUUUGUGUGGGCCUUGGUGCUAUUCCAUCAGGUCGCUGGAUUUGUGACUGUUGUCAGCGGGCCCCCCCAACACCCAAGAAAGUGGGCAGAAGGGGGAAAAACAGCAAAGAGGGAUAAAAUAGUUUUUGACCCUAAUAUUGUAUAUGCAUCUAAGUGGAGUAUUUGGUGCCAAUUUAUUUACAACAUUUUCAUUUUUAUGCUAAUAAAAGAUUUUUUUUUUGGAAGUUAACUAUGAGCUUAAAA